AUGAGGAAUGAACACGACGACGUACUAACAUGGCUGGUUCGCGAGGAAAUGAAGUUAGGCGAACGACGUCGAAUACUCUUUUGCGAACGACCGGUCGACAAGGUCCUCGGUCAAACGUCAAAUUGUCCGUAUACUCGCGAAGACAUCCGACCGUUAUCGUUCCGUGCAUUUCGUAAAAGUAUUCGGACGCAUAUACUCCUGAUCUACGAAAAGUGCGUUCUAUUUCAUACAAUCCUCGAUCCGGUCUAUAUUUCCAUACAAAUCGGAUAUCCUGACCGGUUUGUGAUGCAAAAUGGCGGCUACGUCUCCUGUGUCGAAGGAUGUGAAGACGGCUGGCAAGGGGAAAGAGAGAUUUCUACCGAUGUCAAGAAAUCGAUUUAUCUUCCGCUGCUGAAAAAAAUAAUGUCAGAAAUAAUUCCGCCAAUGUUGACUCUGGAACUGUCAUUUGAGGAGUUUGUGGCUUUGAAGGCGUUUGUCAGUUGGCAAGGAGCUAUUUCCAAUGUCUCCGUACACGGUAGGGACGCUAUGCGACGGCAGAUCGACGCUAUAUCCAAUUCACUUCACCUGCAUUAUCAACGGAACAACAUCCCAGCAGCCGAACGAAUGGGUUCAAUCAUCCUCUUACUCAGUUCCAUUUUCUCAACUGGUCUGGAUUUUGUGGAAAAACAUCGGCAAAUUGAAUUCUUCGAUUUAUGGCACUUGGAUUCGCUUCUUCUACAAUUCCUCAAUCUGGAUUCGAUACUGGCCGAAUUGAACGGUGCACAUAGCUGA